AUGAAAAAGAAAAGACAAAUACCUCAAGAUGAUUUAUAAAAUAACAAGAAACAGCCCAACGCUUAUGAAGAUUUAGAAAACACUCAAAGCAAUGUGUCUGAACUCAUUAAAAAAAUGAAAUUCAGAGAGCUGGAGGAAUUUGAGAUCCAAUAGUUUAUCGCUUCUCAUGACGAAUAAAAGUUUCUGAUGAUUACUGGUCAACCUGGAUGCGGCAAAACUAUGCUCCUAACUAAAUGUCUCAAGCAAUGGCAGAAUAACUACACUACUAUCUAUAUAAAUGCUAUGCAAUGUAAAAAUUAUACAGAGUUUUUAAACAUUUGUAAAAAGCAAUUGAAUGUUAAAAGCUCCACUGCCAAAUAAUAAACACGCAAAGUCAUUAUGGAUAGACUCAAAGAGUUGAAUACGAUCAUCACAAUUGAUGAGUUUGACAAUUUAUUUAAAGUGAGUGAAAAAGAAGCCUUUGAUUUAUUUUCCCUGUCCAAACAUGCCAUCAUUAUUGGCAUUAGUAAUGACAUAGAGUUCCUUUAAACCUAAUCAGUGAGAUAUAAAUUUUAGCUCCCUUAAUUUAAAAAUUUAAUUUUGAAGCCUUACACCAUCCAAUAGUUACAAGAACUGAAAUAUAGUAAAUAUGUGUAUCUAUAUAGAAAAUACGAUGAAAAAGCCAUCAAAAUACUAACAACCAGAGCCUAUAAUGACAAGGGAGGAGACAUGAGAAAUAUAAUAGACAUUGUGAAAAGGACCUUAAGAGACAAAGAAGAAUUUACAACAGAUGCUGUCAACUAAGAAAUAGGAAUGAGUGUGUUUGAUAACAAAAUGAAGGGUGUUGUCACCACUCUGACUUUACAUUAGUAAUUAAUACUAUUAGGGAUCAUUGCCUUAUUAAAAAAGGACUCUAUUCAACUUGAAAUAGAUUUACCCGAUCUCAUAAGAAAGGUUAACGAAAUUAAGUAUAAACUGAGUUUGCCCUUGAGUGUGGAUGUAGAGGAGGAAAUUAAUUUAUUAAAAGAUUAUAACCUACUUACUACAAAGGAGGCGAAACAAUAAAAAAUGGGCUUUAAAAUCACAGUAAAAAAGAUUCUAUGUAAAUUUACAGCAGAGGAAUUGAAAUAUUAAUUAUCUGAUCUAGAUGCAUUUAAAAACAUUUUACAAUAAUUAUGA